AUGGGGACAGGGUCUGGGAGGAAGGGGAAACCGAAUCCAGGAAGGGUGGAGCUGGGGCCCUGGGUGUACUUGAGAGUGAGACCUGGCUCCAUCUCCUUUGUUCCUCUAUGCCAACCCCAAUUGCCGAUGUCUACCUGCCGCUUGUGCCUCUUGGAAGACCCUUCACUCAGCCACAUUUCUGGCUCAGAAAAGGGCACCAUCAGCAGCUCAUCCCGCAUGGUUAGCACCAUCUACCAGGAUGUUAAAGUUUGCUUCCACGCACAGUACGGUUCCUACCGUUGUAAAGAAAAACGCGUCAUCCACCUCUCAGACUCCUGGUGUAAGGCUGACUGCAGCCAGUAUGACUGCUGCAACUCCUGGUCCAGUUCCCAGCUCCAGAGCCCUCGCCUGGGCCCGCCCCUGUCUGAGUCCCAGAUCCACCGGUUCUACCAGGUCCUGAACCUCUCCUUGCUCCCACUUGGUUUCCAUGCUCGAAAGAUGUCUGAGAGCCCAGACCCAUUUACCCCGCCCCUGGAGCUGGGUAUGUCCAUUGCCGACCUACACCAAACACACUUGUUCCUCAACAGUUCGGGACUUAAGGUUCUUCCCCAGACUAGACCCUGGCACGUUCCCCUUCCAGAUUCUGCUCUGCAGUCCUCGAUCCCUGUGGUCUCCUAG